CGCUACCUCUUCGAUUCGCAAGACGAUACCUAAACAUCACAAAACAAAAUUCUUGAUAUUCAUAAAAUCAAAUCGACGAUUGUGUGUCUGAUAAUUGUUCAAUUAAUUCUGUUCGUGUUAGAUCACACAGAUAAUCGUGGAUAUCGAGAAUCAAUCUUGUUUUCUGCUAGGUUUAGGGUUUCUUGAAUUUUUUUCGCCCUGAUGGUUGAUGUUUAUUGUGUUUAAUCGGUAAUCUCACAACACUUAACUCUUGAAUCACGAUUAUCGUUUAUUAACUUGUGUUGUUUCAGGAUCUCGAAAUCGAAACUCUUAGGGUUUUGAAUCUUUGUUUUUGUAUUUAUUUGGAUCUUGUAUAAAUCAUCGUUUGAAUUUGAAAAAGGGGCUUUUAAUUUUCCGAUCAAGACUUGUUCGGAGGUUUAUAGAUUAAUCUCAGUCGGCAGUCGCGAUGAACGAUCAGACGCAGAUGAUGAAGCAAUCUAAGAUGAACCAGUCGCAGAUGAUGAGUAUGGGGCAGCCGUUGCCGCCUGUAAUGAGUCAGCCACAACAGGUAAUGAAUAACCAGAACUCUCAAAUGUAUGUGAACCAGUUGAUGAAUCCUUCCCAAAUGAUGGUGAAUCAAUCGCAGCCCCAGGGGAUGUUGAACCACCGAGGUGGUGGUGGUGGUUACGGAAUGUGGCCUCCGCCACAGUUGGAUCAGCUCAAGUUCCAAAACCCUAAUAUGAAGCCUUCCGGACUUGGCUCGUCUUCGUUGAAGUCUAUGGGACCACGAAUCAACAAAAAUUGGAAGGGGAAAAAGGGAAAUGAUAAGUGGAAUAACAAUAAUAGGAAGGAGUUGCCGGUCAUGGGUGGAGCUAGUAGUAUUAGCAACAACAGCGGUGGUGGUGGAUAUAAUCCUCCUACACUGAAGGAAUUGCAGCAACAGAAUCGUUUGAAGGCUAGGAGAUACUUCCCAAAGAAGAAAUUCAAUCAUGGUGGUAGAUCGGCCCCUUUUGCCCCUAGAAACACCACUUCCUUUCUAAUUCGUGCCAAGAAAUCUGGUGGCAUUACGUCCCUGGUGUCACCGUGCCCAGUGACACCUGCCGUGUUACCCACGCCGAUCUUUUCUCCAUCCAGGGAGGUUUUAGUGGACAUGGCGAAAGAAGAGUGGGGUGUUGAUGGGUAUGGGUCGAUGAAAGGAUUAAUUAGGCUGAGGUCGGGAAACGAAGCAGAUGCACCUGAGGACGAGGAGGAAGAAGAAGGUGGGUCGAGUGAGAGUGAUGUGGAGGAACAUGUGGAGGUAGAGAGGAGAUUGGAUCAUGAUUUGAGCCGAUUUGAGAUGAUUUAUCCGAAUUACAGUGGCGCUGACCAUAGCAGUUACCUUUUGGAGAACAGAGUUGAUGAUCAAGACACCCAUAUAGCCCAACUGGAAGAAGAAAACUUGAUAUUGAAGGAGAGGUUGUUCUUGAUGGAAAGGGAGUUUGAUGAUUUGAGGAUGAGGUUACAGUGUCUAGAGAGGCAGAGCCGCGGAUUAGAAAGACUUAAUGAAGAGGUUGUGGAGAACGAUUCUGAAAACGAAAGUGAGAGCAGAGGUUAUGGUCGGUCAAUGGAAGACAAUAAUGAGGUAACGGAAGAAAACAAUGAACGAAGUCAACAUUCCGAGGAUAAUAAUGGGGAUACUGAAUUUAAGCAAUCUGAUAUCAUCGAGAAGGGUGUGCAGGAGAUGAGGGUUGGUAACGUUACAGAUGGCGAAGCAAAGGGUUAUGUCAAUCCAUUGAACAAGGAUGAGGAACAAAAAGAUUUAGACAUUUGUAUGGAAGAACAAAUUCAGAAAAUUGAAGUCAUUGAAUUGAAAAAGGAAGAUGAUGAGGUAGCAGAAAGGCAUAAGAACAUUGAAAAAUUGGGUAUGCUUGAAGAAAAUGCUGUGGAGUCUGGUAAUGAAGUCUCAGAACCUGCAAAGGAAGAAGAAAAUGCAGCAAAUGGAUUGAAAGAAGAAAUGGCAUGAAGUAAGAAUCCAUAGAAGUCUUUUAAGUUCUUUUGUUAAUAUAGUCUCUUUUGCUGUCUAGUUUCUUGAUGAAUGAAGUUAUAUGCAAAAUGUGCAAAUCACUUUUACAUGUGUCUCAAGUUAACUUUGGAGGUUUUUCAAGUCUGCCCAAUUCAAUUGCUUAUUUUUCUUUAUUUUAGGUUUGGAAAAGUGGGGUGUGGGAGAGGGUUUUAGGUAAAGUUGUGGGGUAUUAGUUGGGGGGAUCUAUAUUGCAAUUGAUGUUUUUGGACCAACUAUGGAGAUCCUUGAUGUACACAUUUGGCCUAAUGCUUUCUCUAAAUAAUAUUUCUAAUGAUUUCAAUUUCCCUUUCUUAAUUGAAAACUGCUAGUGCAUGUCAAUUUGAUCAGAUUACAACCUACCAUCCAACAUUCAUCAAUCUUGAUCAUUUUGUUAUGUGGUCUGGAUAGCGAAGCUCCGAGAAGUGGUGAUUAUUGUUAUAAGCUUAUUGGGAUGCAAAUGUUUUAAACAAAUAACGUCUAACAAACGAUGCAAAUAUCCUUUCUCGACUAUUCAGAUAGAUAUGGGAUUUGAAUAGUUAGAUGCUUUUAGUAACAUGGUUGUAUUUAGUAGUUACAUAGAUGCAAUCAAGUUUCUGUCACAAGUCAAAUGGAACUUCUUGGUUUCAUGUAUUCCAUAUUUUGCAUAGGAGAAAAAAGCAUCCAUUUUGUAGUUCUGUACUCUUAUUAUCCUUCAGGUUGGCCUAUGGAUGACACUUUGCACAAUAUCUGCGCAUAUCUUAUGUUAUGUAGCAUCCAUUUUUGCGAAUGGUAGGUCUAAGUAUGUUUUGUAGGCUUAUGUGAUUCCGGCCCUCCUUAUCUUCUCAAAUUUAGCAACGUAACAAUCGCAAAAUAUGCAAUGUCAUUAGGGACGAACUGAAGAUGUAAUAUGUCAACAUACCAUAAAAAGGGAGCCAGAUAGAGCACAGAGCGAAGGGUACGUCUCAUCUAGCCAACAAAGAUGGUAGGCUUUUCGUUCUCUCCGGAAGUCUACUCUCUACGUUGCCUAGGUCAAACCCAUUUAUUCUAUUCGAUGUUCUCUCUCGUGGCAAUACUAUUCUCUCGUAGGUUAUUCAACUAUGUUAUCUCAACUUCGAAGGAAAAGACAUGCCAUGCAAGUCAUUGAAAAGUUGCGCA